AUGAGUUCCAAUGAUGGUAUGUUGGCUAGCGCUGGACAAAAGGCCCAGGAAAUAACCAACAAGACAAGCGAGAAAGUGUGCGAUGCCGGACAUGCAGUUAAGGAAACCUUGGCAUCUGGCUACGAGAAAGUGAGAGACACCGUGGCAUCCGGCUAUGAAAAGGUUGCGGGCUCCGCCCAAGAAAACUAUGAUAAAGCUGGAAGGAAAAUCGAGGAGAAAAAAGAUCACGCAGGCCAGAAGGCUGAUGAGGCACGAGACUACAUGGGAAGGAAGAUAAACGAAGGUGCCGAUGCCAUCAAGUCGCACUAA